UAUGUAAUAAUAGUAGGAUCAAUUGAAGAUAGCCUUUUUACAUCCUGGUAUUUAAAUAUAAUAAUACUAAAGAUUUGGGAAUUGGAGGAGCAGAAUAAUUAGUAGUAAAUCUUGCAUUGGCAUUGCAGAAAAAUCAUUAUGUUAAAAUCUAUACUCCACAUCAUGAUCCUAGUCACUCAUUUCCAGAAACAAAUGGAUAAAUACCUGUUGAAGUAAGAGGAAAUAUCAUACCUGCUCAUUUCUUUGGUAAUAAUAUAUCAUAUAUUAUCAAAAAGGAUAUUGUACAGCAAUGUGUGCUUAUAUAAGAAUGAUAUUAGCAACUUUGUAUAUAAUAUUUUUUAGUGGUCGUUGGGAUGUUAUCAUCAUUGAUUAAGUAUCUGUCUGCCUGCCAUUGUUUUGGUUAUUUAGAAGAAAGACUAUUUUUUAUUGUCAUUUUCCUGAUAAAUUAUUAUGUGUUGAAAGAAAAUCAUUCAUAAAAAAGAUUUAUAGAUUUUUCUUGGACUCUUUUGAAGAAAUUAGCAUGCUUUUUGCUAAUUUAGUAUUAGUAAAUAGUUAAUUUACUAGAGAAAUAGUAAAAUAAGCAUUUCCUCUUUAUAAUAAAUAUGGAAGACAACCAGAAGUGUUGUAUCCAGCAAUAGAAUUCUCAAAAUUUGAAAUGGCUCCUGAACUUAGUAGACAUGAUAGUAGACUUACAAGCAACAAUUAUUUCUUAUCAUUAAAUAGAUAUGAGAGAAAAAAAAAUAUUGCAUUAGCAAUUCAUGCAUUUGCUGCAUUUAGAUAAUAAUUACAUUCAGAUGAAAAUAUAGAAACUAUAAGAUUAGUGAUAGCUGGAGGAUUUGAAUAAAGAGUAGAAGAGAAUGCUUAACAUUUUGAAGAAUUAAAUUAGAUUGCUUAAAGAUAAAAUGUUGCUGAAUAUGUUUCUUUCAAAAAAAAUAUUUCAGAUUCUGAAAGAACUUGGUUAAUGUCAAAUUCAUUAGCUGUUCUAUAUACACCAGAAAGGGAACAUUUUGGCAUUGUUCCCGUUGAAGCUAUGUAUAAUUAAGUUCCUGUAAUUGCAUGCAAUUCUGGAGGACCUAAAGUAUUUAUUUAAUUAAAACCUUUUAGGAAUCAAUUUAGAAUGGAGUAACUGGAUAUUUGUGUGAAUCUAAAACUAAUGAAUGGUGUUAAAGAAUGAUUGAGAUUUAUUAAAAUAGAGAGAAAAGUAGAGAAAUGGGAGAAAGAGGUAGAGAUAGAGUAAUUUAGUUGUUUGGAUUUGCAUAAUUUUAAAUGCAAAUGGAUAGUUAUGUAAGGAUGGUUACCAAAACAGGAAAAUAAAAAUAAUAAUGA